AUGGCUGAAUCAGAUCAAAGACGAUAUCCAAUCACAGGAUUCAUUCUUGUUGGAUUUCCAGGACAUCAAGACUUACAAUCACGCUUGUCAUCCCUGUUUCUUAUUGUAUAUAUAUUAAUAGUUCUUGGGAACGUUUCUGUAUUGUACAUGGUUACAACAGACAAGCGGUUGCACAUACCAGUGUAUUUUCUUGUUGCUAAUUUGGCAGCAAUGGAUGUGGUGUUAACAAGUUCAGUCAUUCCUCAAAUGUUGGUGAGGCUUAUAUUCAACAUUAAAGUUAUUCUGUGGAGUAAUUGUUUUAUCCAAAUGUAUUUCUUCCACAGUAUAUCAACAGCGAAGAUAUUGCUGCUCACUGUGAUGGCUUAUGACCGUUCAGUUGCAAUAUGCAACCCCGAACAUUAUUUGUCCCUCAGAAGAGAUGCUUUUUUUGUCAAAUUGGCAGGUCUUACCUGGGUAUUAGGAAUGGCCUUUUUCUUGCCUCCAAUAGUUUUAACUUCUAUUUUUCCAUUUUGUGGUCCAAAUGAAGUUGACAAUUCUUUUUGUGAAUUGCUGUCGGUAAUGAGCCUGAUCUGCGCAGAUGCAAUCUCUGUUAAAUUUAUCAAUUUAGUUUUAAAUGUGAUAUUUGUCUUUUCAAGUUUUCUUACUAUUCUCUGGUUUUACAUUAAAAUAUGUAAAAUAGUAAAAGUUGCCUCUUCUGAACAGCGAAAGGAUUUUGCCACCUGUGUAGGUCAUCUGUUGGUCCUCAGCUUAUUUUUCCCCUCCCUGGUCCUUUAUUCUGCAUUAUUCUAUGUCAGUCACAGCCUCCCAAUUAUUCAUAAAGCUUCUGCUCUUGUAUAUGUUAUUUUAAGCCCUUUAUUCAGUCCAAUUAUUUAUAUUAUAGCAGCCAAAGAAAUAAGAAUCAAGGUUGCUAAACUCAUCAGAGUACAAAAGGUAUUUCCUUAUGUUGGAAGCACUGUUGCUGUUGAGAGCCAUUGAACUGAAUUGAAGAA